AUGGCUGACAAUAUGGAGGAGCCUGAUAUCAGUGAUAUGCAAAUGAACAACGAAAUGGACGUAAAUGAAGUGCCAUUAAGAAGACGAUACAAAGAGAAAUCGAAGGCUAAGGAUCCAAGAUAUAGACGAAGGUUUGACCUUCGUAACGCAAAAAGCCUCCAGACAAAGAUUCAAGAUUGGUAUGAAUUGACCAAGUGUCCAACAGUGGCAUUAACAUGGUUAAAUGGGGAGAUAUAUUAUUCAGGGCCUCGUGAGUUAAGGGAAUUUGCUGAAAACCCUGCUGUGAAACAGGCAUUUGUUGCAGCCAUAUUUGCUUCCCACUCAGUUGGACCAAACAGUUCUUCAACAGAAAAUUAUGAACAUAUGAAUGUGAAAGUCAAGAUACCAAAAGACUGGAAACAAUUGAAUGCUCAUGGAAAAAGAAAGCUAGUAAUUUCCCUAGUUACCAAUAAUGGAACCAAACAACCACAUUGGGGCGAUGAGGAUCACAAACCAGAAUGGUGGCCAUCAAGUUUAUUGUUUCGUGAUCCAAGCAAUGGCAGAAACAGGCCUACCGUGGAUAUGUUGGAGAGGAUCAUUGCUGCACAUUUGGCAAGCACAAUGCAUUUGUUGAUGAUGAUAGUGAUGAUGGUGAUGACAAUGAUGGUGAUGAUGUUGAUGGGUAAUUUAGGUGGUGAUGUAAAUAUAGAUGGUGGUGAAGAUCUGAGUGAUGAUGCUAGAGAUUUGGGUAGAGAUGAUGCAAACUGGGGACAUUGGUGA